AGCUGACAAGAUGGCGGCUGGCGGGGCUGGCGUUGCGGCGCCUGAGAGCCGGCUGCUGCCUUACGCGCUGCACAAGUGGAGCUCCUUCUCCUCCACCUACCUCCCCGAGAAUAUUUUAGUGGAUAAGCCAAAUGACCAAUCUUCACGAUGGUCUUCAGAGAGCAAUUACCCUCCCCAGUACCUGAUUCUCAAGCUUGAAAGGCCUGCUAUAGUCCAGAGUAUCACAUUUGGAAAAUAUGAGAAGACUCAUGUCUGUAAUUUAAAGAAGUUUAAAGUCUUUGGUGGAAUGAAUGAAGAAAAUAUGACAGAGUUGUUAUCCAGUGGCUUAAAGAAUGAUUAUAACAAAGAAACAUUCACCUUGAAGCAUAAAAUCGAUGAACAGAUGUUCCCAUGUCGAUUCAUUAAAAUAGUUCCUCUCUUGUCCUGGGGACCCAGCUUUAACUUUAGCAUCUGGUAUGUUGAACUUAAUGGCAUUGAUGAUCCCGAUGUUGUGCAACCCUGUCUCAACUGGUAUAGCAAGUACCGUGAACAGGAAGCUAUUCGCCUUUGUCUAAAACAUUUCCGUCAGCACAACUACACUGAAGCUUUUGAAUCACUACAGAAAAAAACCAAGAUUGCACUGGAACAUCCCAUGUUAACUGAUCUGCAUGACAAACUGGUGUUGAAGGGUGAUUUUGAUGCUUGUGAAGAGUUGAUUGAAAAAGCUGUAAAUGAUGGUUUGUUCAAUCAGUAUAUCAGUCAACAGGAAUAUAAGCCACGAUGGAGUCAGAUCAUCCCCAAAAGCACCAAAGGUGAUGGAGAAGAUAGCAGACCGGGAAUGAGAGGUGGACAUCAAAUGGUUAUUGAUGUUCAGACAGAGACUGUUUAUUUGUUUGGUGGCUGGGAUGGAACACAAGAUCUGGCUGACUUCUGGGCAUACAGUGUGAAGGAGAACCAAUGGACUUGUAUAUCUAGAGACACUGAGAAAGAGAAUGGACCUAGUGCCAGAUCUUGUCAUAAAAUGUGUAUUGACAUUCAGCGAAGACAGAUCUACACACUGGGACGUUACUUGGAUUCCUCUGUGAGAAAUAGCAAAUCUCUGAAAAGUGACUUCUACCGUUAUGACAUUGACACAAACACAUGGAUGUUGCUAAGUGAGGACACUGCUGCUGAUGGAGGACCCAAGUUGGUGUUUGAUCAUCAGAUGUGUAUGGAUUCUGAAAAACAUAUGAUCUAUACUUUUGGUGGAAGAAUUUUGACUUGUAAUGGCAGUGUAGAUGACAGUAGAGCCAGUGAACCUCAAUUCAGUGGUUUAUUUGCUUUUAACUGCCAAUGUCAAACAUGGAAACUUCUUCGAGAGGAUUCCUGUAAUGCUGGACCUGAGGACAUCCAGUCCCGAAUAGGACACUGCAUGCUUUUCCACUCAAAAAAUCGUUGCUUAUAUGUAUUUGGUGGUCAGCGAUCAAAAACCUACUUGAAUGAUUUCUUCAGUUAUGAUGUAGACAGUGACCAUGUGGACAUCAUAUCAGAUGGCACCAAGAAAGACUCUGGGAUGGUCCCAAUGACGGGUUUUACACAAAGAGCAACCAUUGAUCCAGAACUGAAUGAAAUACACGUUCUGUCUGGACUCAGCAAAGACAAAGAGAAGAGGGAAGAGAAUGUCAGGAACUCCUUCUGGAUUUAUGACAUUGUGAGAAAUAGUUGGUCUUGUGUCUAUAAAAAUGAUCAAGCUGCGAAGGAUAAUCCAAGCAAAAGUCUACAGGAGGAGGAACCAUGCCCAAGAUUCGCCCACCAACUUGUGUAUGAUGAAUUACACAAGGUUCAUUAUUUGUUUGGUGGAAACCCUGGCAAAUCCUGUUCUCCAAAGAUGAGAUUAGAUGACUUCUGGUCACUGAAACUCUGCCGUCCUUCAAAGGAAUACUUGUUGAGGCAUUGUAAAUAUCUCAUAAGGAAACACAGGUUUGAAGAAAAAGCCCAAACUGAUCCUCUUAGUGCUCUGAAAUAUUUGCAGAAUGACCUUUAUGUAACUGUGGAUCAUUCAGACCCAGAGGAAACAAAAGAGUUUCAGCUCCUAGCUUCAGCUUUGUUCAAGUCUGGCUCAGAUUUCACAGCACUAGGCUUUUCGGAUGUGGAUCAUACCUACGCUCAAAGAACUCAGCUCUUUGAUAUCUUAGUAAAUUUCUUUCCAGACAGCAUGACCCCUCCGAAAGGAAACCUGGUCGACCUCAUCACACUAUAAAUGAAGAGUCAUUUGACACACACCUGUGAAGAAAAGAAGUCUACGUUCAGUAUUUGGGAUUUUGACUGUGUUGACUGACAGGUUGCAGUGAUAGAGGACUAUAUCACAUCUUUGAAGGGAUCUCACUGUUUUAAGUUUUGACCCUCUUCCUUCAUACCCUCAGCUCACCACACUUUUCUCACCCUCUUCCUAAAUUAGGCUAAUAAAGUGGAAUUGGUAUUCUUUCCCAUUUAAUUUUUUUUCCUUGGACUUUUAAGAGUUAUUGAAUGUAAAAAAUAAAUUCAGGUAGUUUUCCCUUUUUAUCUUGGGGAGGGAAUGGUUAGGGUAUAUGGGAUAGGCACCUCUUAAGUACUUUUUUUUCUGCAACAGAGAGACUGUUUUGUGUGUCUUAAUGGGUUGUUUUUGGUCCUCAUCCCCCUUUUGCUCCUCCAUCCUAUUCCUCACAUCUCCUUGUAAGCAGCUGUGUCACUUGCUUUACCUCCUGACAUUGUUUGUGGCAAUUAUGUAAUUCUGCAGGUCACUUGGUAUAUGUUAAGGUAAUGUAUGCAUCCGUGUUGACUUGAAUCUUAUAAUUACAUUGUACAAUAUGAGAAAGAACAGAGGGCUCAGCUUCAUACUCUUCUCAACUAGAAAGUGAAACUUUGACCUAGGCACCUGAGUUUUAUGUACAGUAUUAAGAUGCAAGUGUUUUUUGUAGUAUAUGCUGUUGAAAACAUCUGGCUUCUGCUCAUGUGAGCCUUAAACUGGGAAGAAGGAGGUCAAGUUUGAACCAGUUAGAUACUUGAGAAAUAGCCAACAGAGGGGAUAGAGCCUGUCAUUGAGUCCAAGGGCCUCUGGGACGACUUUAGAAUAGGCCUUGCUCUCUCUCCUGUGGAGCACACAGGGCAGCAUCUUCUAUCUGCACCUGUGUGCCCUGCUUCUCCAUGGCUUUUUAUUUGGCCCGGCAGAGCCACACACCCUUUAACUCCUUAUACCUGUUUCUGUGUGUUUGGUUUGUGGAAAGUAGUUUAAAAAAGGCACUUUCUGUCAUUGUCCAGUGGAGUGCAGUUUACGGUCAUUUCCUUAAGUACCCAGACCCAUCUUUUAAAUAGGAGAAAAGAAAUGGUGCAGAAAUAACUUCAUUUAAUGACAUGUAGGUUUUUCUACUUUAAUUUUUUUCAUGCAGUUUUUCACAUGUGGUGCAGUGAGUCAGUGGAGCAUAAUGUCAGAAGCCUGCACUUGGCCUUCUGCUCAUCUUUGGGUAGUAUGUAUGCAGCAUAUGACUUACUAUGCAUGAUUAAAACAGGUUCAACAUAAAAGAAAAGAGAUACAGCUCUUCAGUGUGAGAGUAACCUACAGAAAUUAAGUAUGUCUCUGGGUAGCAGUAUUGGACCUCAAUAAAGAAAAGAAAAAACUCAUCUGUGCUUUCAAAAGGUCUCAUGUAGGAGUAAGAUUUCAAGGUCCUUCUUUAAUCUUUCCUUAACACAUGGUUUUACGUCUCUUGAAAACUAAUAGCAGUACAUUUUCUCUCACUGCUAGGAUUGUAUUUUUUAACCUUUUUUUUUUAAACUUUCUGAAUAUCCCAAUGCAAUCAGAGAUUUAUUAAGCAGUUAGAUAUGCAUCUUAGUUUGUGGAAAAAUUAGUUUAGAUUUUAUUAACCUAAUGGUAACAUAGAUUUUCUGCUAAGUGAUUGUGCAGUUCAUCAUCAAAUUGUGUCUGCAAAAACAACUGGCUUUCCAGUUGAGUAAAUGCAGUUUACUUACACAUUUGAGAAGUUUAAUAAAAAUUCUUUGUACUCCAUGGCGUUUAGAAACAUGGAACUUGGGCUGUGCCAGCAACCAGUUAAUUUCAUUAUGUCCCAUUCAGUCUUGUUUCAGAUGGAGAAAAGGAUUUAAACUUCAUGGUUGCUUUAUUUCUACUGGGUGCUUAAUCUGUAGAGUUCCUAAUGGGAAUUGACUUGUUUCACUUGAGGUAAUGUUGAAUUAUGGCACUUUAGAUGUAUAUCCAAAUGAAAUUCUGCUACCCUCCAUUGCUUACAUUCACAUUGCUGUGGUCCUUUAUCAUAGAAGUCAUCAACUCCUUAUGGGUCCUGUUGUUGGGGAAACUGAGUCCCCAUCCUUAGUGACCUUUUUUUCUUUUUGCAGCUUUUUCCUUAGCACUUUUAAUGGGGGGAAAAUGCAUUUUUCUUAGCUUCAUCUUUUACUGAAUUAUAUUUGGGUUUUAUUCUUUUUCUUUUCUUAUGUAAUUUUUACAUGAUUUUCUUUCAAUGAAGUGGUGGAAUUAAAGUAAAUUGUAAAAUAUGAGACUGUCAGGGAAAGGGACAUUGCUUAGAUGUCAUCAAAAGGUGAUAUUUUUUGUAUCUGUGCUUAGGGGUUUAAUAAUGCCUAAUAAUCUCAGGAAGAUGUGUAGGUCUUCAUUAUGUACAUGAAGCCUGAUUUGAAACCUGCAGGUAUACCUGCCUAAGGGAAUAUGUGUCUGUUUCCCCAAAAGAAUGCUUGUCAUGUUGUAAUUCAAAUAGGGAAGCCAGUUUGUUUUGUAGACAUAACAUUCAGAGUGCCUAACUUCUGUAAAUUACAACUUGGAAAAUCUGAUUCCUUAGUUUAGUGCUUCCAAUAUUGAAAGACCUGCUUUGUAUCCCAUUUAAGGGAAAAGCAUUAGUUAGCAACACUUUUGCUGUAUUCCCAAAAGUGGUGAUCACUUUCUUCCCCAAAUUAAUGUAUGUACCUUUCAGCUCAGUCCCAUUUCUUUUUGCUAUGAAAUAGGUUACUUUCUUCCAGGAACGAAUCAGAUCUCUGAAACUAUUUACAGCUCCUAUUCUUCACGAAAAUUGGUUUUAUUUGCAGACAUACAUCCUAGUCGCACUUGCAGCUUUAUAUAGUGGAGUGACAGAGACCUCAUGUGGCCGGCACGGUUAAUUAAAAGUUGACCUUUUCUUUGGCUGAGCAAAGGUGUUCAGGCUAAUGUACCUACCUCUUCUUGUUAAACGUGACCAUCAGUAUUAAUAUAGGUAUAAACAUGUCAUUUUCUUAAACUGGCUUAGCUUCUAAGCGUAAGGAAACUGUGUCUCAUUAGUAAAGGUGGAUAGGAAGCAUUAAUAUAGUGUUGAUUUUAGAGCACAGCAUGGUGAUUUAUUUAAGCCAUUAAGACUGCAUUCUUGAAUGGUUUUCAUGGGUACUAAAUGUAGAAGGGGAAAAGAAUUAUUGUGUAGACAUUGUAAUCAUUCCAGAAAAUUUCUCCAUCUGCUUUAUAAGGGCCACCUCAGGAUAACUUAGCAGAGAAAAUGCCUUUUCAGAGAAUAGAAAUUUGAAAGAAAAAAAUUUUCAGAAAUUGAGCUAGAAAUUUUUAGAGAAAUUACAUCCAGCACUUAAUCUUAGUAGAGGACUUAAGUGGUUCAUAGGGAAUGUGUUUCUGGUUUAAGAUUGCUGUAUUAUUCUAUCUUGUGAUAGUAGUUACAUAGUGAGUUUAUCCUGUAAUCAUUCUUGUCACCACUUGGGAUCUAUAUGAUAAUUGUAGGUCAUUUAAUUGUAAGUAAUGUGAAGAAUAUUUACAUAAAAGCUGAAUAUUGUAAAUUGAACUUACCUCCAUAGCCAUUUGAACAUUUUUUUCAUACCAACUGAGGAAUGGUUGGUUUCUAAUGAUUCUUUUAGAGAAGAGCACAAAAGUACACACCUACAACUUGGAGAGAUGAUAGCAAUGCCUCUUGCUACAACAGUACACCAUUCUUGACACUUGUUAUCCAUUAAGACUUUUGCAGUUAACCAUACCAGUCCCCCUUAUUUCCUGAGAUUCACAUCAAGAUUCACCUGUUUGGUUCAGUUAUAUCUUUGCUUGAGUGAACUCAGCCCCAUCUUCCACUAGGUAUAAAAUUCCUGGGAAUUUUCACAUUUCCUUCAGCCAAAGGCCUACUUAGUGAUAGAAUGUCAUAAAUAGAGAGAGCCUUCAUAACCUAGAGAGGAAAACUUAGCUAUUAAAGAUCAGACUUCCAUAUCCGCACUAGUUUGGCAGCCUUGUUUCCUUGUGCUUUGGAAAUAAUGGUUUUCUUUAAUAGGCAACUCUCAGUUAUCGGUCUUUGGCUUUAAUCAUUUUGAUUUCCCAUGUUUCUUUAAAGAGACAAAUAACACCAUUGGAAAUUUCAGAUAUGGUUUUUAAUGAUGACAAAAAAAAACAUUUUGAAAGGGAAGUCUAUUUGUCUUAGAUUUUUUUUUUUCUUGAUUUCCUCAGAUCCAUACAAGCUUGACAGCAUUGCCCAGGAGAGUGGAGCUACCUAAAGAGAAAAAAAAAAUAGAAACAAUUGUUCUGAUGAAACAAACAUGCUUCUUUUGUUCCCUUUUUAUUCAGACAUGUGGGGAAAAUGUGUUUAAGAUUUAGGAAUGAUCAAAAAGUGAUAUGGGGGUGGGAUGGGGCUGGUAAUGGUAGAGUUCCCCGGGGCAAGUAAACAUCAGCUUUCAAGACUCUUCUUUUGCUCUAGAUCUUAGUAAUUUGCAUGUUUUAGAUCAGAGGUCAUUGAAACUCAAAUCACAGUGGAGGAUUAUAGUUUCAUCUAUGUUCUUGUUUUUGUGUUUUUCGUGAUGUUUCUUCUAAUCAAACUACCUCUGAGUUUUAGUGUUAGUGGUAUUUUGCCUACCUUUAAUAUUAGCCACAAAAAGAAGUAGACUUGAGAUCUGUGAUUUGAGAACGUGUUUCUUUGUUUUUCUGGUAAGUGUUAAAUGUGAGCAACCCCACAAAUUGCUGUGGAUUAGUUAUCAUAUUCAGAGGUUCACUUUUUGUCUUCUUUAAAAAAUAUGUACCCUUUCACCAAGAGAAUAGGAGUUUUGAUAGUAGAUGAAAUUUUGGGUGACUACAACCUAUUCUUAGCAAAGUAGAUUUUAAAAUCUUCUGAUAAAGAGUCAGUCAGUAUCCCUCAAACUGUGUGCUGUAAAAGCAGUAAAUAAAGGGUACUUCUUCCAAGGGAGAAAUGACAGUGCAUGGUUAUUGUCCUAAGUAAAACCCUCCAGGACUUGAACUGGAACCCAAAAUGAAGAAUGAUGUUAAUACAUCCUCCAUAUUGGAGUAUGUAGUUAUUUGUAAAUAAGAUCUCAGUAUUUCCCCUAAUACUGUCCAGCUUGAUCAAGAAAAAAAAUGCUAAUGUUCUGUUUUUAAAUUUUCCAGACAGCUAUGGUGCUUUUGACAAGAGGUUUUUGUUAUUGAGGAUAAAGAUAAACUUUAAAGAACAAAUAAGUUUGUUUACACACACACACACACACACACACACACACACACAUGCUAGUGACACAGUGCCCCAACCCUCCCCCCCCAUAUGAAUGUUUAAAAUGGUAUCAGAGGCACCAUACGCUUAAGGUAGUGUCUUAUUUGCCAUUUCACAGUUUCGCUUCCAGUGUGUGCUUGGAUUUGUUCAUCCUCCAGUCUAGGUUUUGGACAAGGAAAGAGUAUAGAAUAAGUCUGUAUAGAGUAAGAAAUUUGAAACACAGCAUAAAGUCUAAAUGCAGAACAAGGAGUCAGGAAAUUCCAUGUUUUAGGUUUAAUAUAGGAUACUCUGUAGACAUUGGAGUGCUGUUUGUCCACAUGGCUACAUUAUUGGUAAUAUCAGCACCCUUCCCUGAGCAAGAUGGUGACUGAAAGCAUAUAUGUCGAGUAGUAAUAGAAAUUGAAAAUGUUGAUUUUAUCUCUUCUUCCAGAACACUUUUCCUUGUUAAAAACUUGUUUAUUUUUUGAGUAGUCACUAAAAAGAUAAUUAACCAGUUUAAUUUGGACUGGAAAACAUUGAUAUAAAUUAUGUAGCAGGAUUAAAGAACUCAGACUUCUAAUUUGUGCUGCAGUGUUAUGGAAAGAGGUGAUUAAAAGGAUUUUUUUUUUUUGCCUCCAGGAUGUCAAAUUAAUCCUGUAGUCCUUGGGUAAUGGCAUUUCAUUACUGGUCUGAUGUAUAAAUUUCUUACCUUACACUGAAAUAGCUGUUAGAGAUCUUGAUGGAGAGAUGUGGGUGUGGAUGUGAUGUGGAGUCUUGGUCUGACCUAGGUCGGGGGACUUCUUCUGCUGAACAGUCAUGCAGCCCUUUGCUGAUAGAAAAUAGUAAUAAAACUUUCCUUGCAAAUGUUGGUGUCCCACAGAACUUGCUUGUCUCUGUAGCUCUGUACUGUGGUGAGCUGUGUACCAUCUGGGUUGCUGGCAUUCAUGGCAGUUGGUCUGGAUCUCUGUGCUGUCUGCCACAUAAAUACUAGCCUGACAAUAUCACCAGUCUUCAGUUUCAUUUGAUGCUUAAUGAAUGCGAAUGUCACCAGUCUUCAGUUCCAUUUGAUGCUUAAUGAAUGCCAAAUUAAUUGGCAACAAAGAAAAAGUGUUCUGAUAUACUAAGCAGGCCUGUGUUUAUGAUUAAGGUGGCUGCUCAGAUAGCCAGUCCAAGGCCCCCCCCCAUUUUCAAACAGCUCUCAAAAAAGCAAUUAUUGUGUUUAAUUAUUGGCAUCUGGUUAGCCUUCAUUUUCUAGGUGGAUUAAGGGGUGGGGGGGAGAAUUGUCAUUUCGUGACUACAUAAAACCUAGACUAAAUUUGCUUAGAAUCAAGCUGGUGUCCAUGUUUUAAAAUAAACUAAUCAUACAUAAACUCAGGGUCUUUGUUUAUUUUCUCAUGGAAUAUAUGAAUUCUAGCCUUGGCAUCAGGAUCUUAAGUGAUUUUGGUUUUAACUUUUUCCUUUUAAGGAAAAUUUACACCCAUGUCUGAAAUGUUAAUUGAAAGUCAUAGAACAGAGGUUCUUGACCUUUUUUUCAUCAUGGAGCCCUUCUCAGAAUAAUGAUUUUAAAUACAUAAAAUACAUAGGAUUACAACAGAAAUUUAUUAUGUUGAAAUAGUUAUGAAAGUAUUUCUUUUAAAAAGGUCAUAGACACCAAUACCCUUGUCCAAGAUUGUUAAGGAAAUUUCCUUCCCAGACUCUCCCUUUUUUACCUAUAGAAAACCCAAGAAGGAGCUCUGUCAGUUCUGUGGGAACAUGGACAAUUGUAACAAAGGAUUACCUGAUUUGAUCCAGCUAAGGCCAGAUGCAUAAAUUAGUCACAGUCUCAAGUUAUUUUAUUUAGCUGUUGUCUUAGCUGCAAUUUGUGACUCUCCCUAAAGAAUUUUACAAGAAAUUGCUCCUGCAUUUAACGUAGGCUACCCAGACUCUUGUCCCCAGAAGCCCUGGGAUUGCCUUUUCUUUGUCAGUUUGGUAGUUCAUUGGCACACAUGUGGUGGUGCUCUGAAAGCCCUCAGUAACUCCAGAAGUUGAGUUCACAAGUUGUGUGAUUGCAGAGGCAAUUCUGCUGCCACUUGGUGAUGCUCGGACAUAAUGAAGUGAAUAUAUGACCAUACCUGUCCCAGUUCUUAUGAGAAAGCAGUCCCAUCUGCUUUCGAAAGGCUUAUUGUACUUUUUACUGAAUUGGGAAAGAGGGGGUAAAGCAAAAGAACUCACCUGCUUGUAUCCCUCUGCAGUUUUCCCCCAGACUGAUGCUAUAGCUAUAGCAGUGUAUAUUUCAUUUGACAAUUUGCAAAUGAGUGCCUUGUCAGUUGAAAGCAUGCCAGAGGAAGACAUGAUGAUUUGCUUAUUUUUCUUUCAUGAAAUUCAUCCUGCCCCAGAGAUGUGGUGUUUGUGCUGGUCCUCAAGCCAACUUAUGUUUUUAGGAUGUGUGAGGUGCCUUUUGGAAGGAACUAUUUCAAUAUUAGUGUAUUGCCUCACAUGGAUUAUGCAACCCAAUAGAAAUUUCAAAAUAAUGUUAUAACUUUGAUCCUCUUAACUUAGAAAGCUGCGUGUGUGUUUGAUCAGCUUUCUGUUAAAGGCUUGAUUUUCCUGGAUUUAGUCCUUAUAAUUAAACUCCUUCUCCCUCACCCCAAACCCAUCAGGUCCACUCAAAAGACCAUGAUAAGCAGAGCUUUAUUUUUUCAGAAAAUGAGCAGGAAAGCUGACUUCAAUACUUGGAAUUUUCUCUUUUCUUGACUUUGGCAAGAAUUUUUCAUUCUGGUAUAAAAUGUGAUUGCUGGCAAGUUGGGGGCAUGAUAUGGUAAAACUUUGUCUUUGACUUUGGCUCAAAUUUUUUUUACAGCCAACAGAAAGAAUCUUUAAUGCUUUCAGAUAGAAGUAGAGCUCAUAAGCCACAAAAAUAGAGGCUCAAAAGAGAGAUAGUAUGGCAUCCAUAGCCAGAAACCUUUCUCCAAAAUCUGCUGCUCACCACAUUCCAAAUCAGACACAUAUACUCCUAGCAAUCAGAGCGUACAACUUCUUACUGCUGAAAGUCUUUAAUGACACUUCUUAGUUUUACAUUUCCUUUGACUUUUUAACUACCCUAGAGAUGGUAGAAAGUUUGUGGUAAACUGAUUUUGCAAGAGAACCUUUAUUUUGUGCUCUCAUUAUUAACAUGUGGAGAUUCAUUCAUUGGUGCCUGUUAAGGAUAAAACUUAGGUAUUUUGAAGUUAUUCCCAUUUCUCAAUAGAAAUCUGAAGAAAAUUUUUACUAGUAAAAAAUCACUGUUGGAUAUGAGCUGUCCUGCUCAUGGUAGUGGAUGUUUCAGUUUAACAGGUUAUUCUGCCAAGUGGUUGGGCUUCAAAAUCAGAUAUGCAUUGGCAUAAACAUCUGAGUCAUGUCCUUUUGUAAGAUGGAACUUUUAGAUAGAAACUACCCCUUAUGGCAUUAGAAUUACAGUUGUCUCUUUAAAAAAAAAAAGAGUACUUUUGUCCUCACAGGCUAUGUCAAGAGUUUUUCACUUAGAGAGACAGAGGCUAAAUGAUAUAAAUGAGAAAUGAGCAUGUUGUUAGUGAAAGCUGAUAACUUUCUCAUCUAAGAAAUUUGCGUUGGUGACCUGGGCCUCCUCCCCACAUCCUUAUUAUUAUGGAACUCAUAUCACUGUGGAGAAAAGAAAUGCCACUGUGGUCUGUCUAGAGUGCUCUAAUCCUGCGUCCCUGCACACGUGUGCUCAGGGCUGUGUCCAAGGGUGCCCCAACCAUCAAUGAGAGGCAUGAAGAAGUGGAGAAAAGUCAAAAUAAAUAUGAGGUGGACUUGUACCUGGGAAACAUGUUAGACUUUAGGACACCAGAUUUCAUUCAAUAUCAUUAUCUUCUCUUGCUGAGGUUUUAUGACAUCUGUGCUGGGCUCUUUUCCCCUCCUUCUUACAUCACCAUUCCCCUUCCUCCUCCCCUCUGUUUCCUGGGUUUUUUCUUUUUUUGAUUAGUAGAAUACUUUUUUUUUCUUUGAACACAAGUAAUUUUUUGAUCCCUGGUUUGGUGAAUAUGUGAGCACUACUCUGAAUAAAUAAAUGAGCGAUCUGCUGAACAAUUAAUUGUAGAAUUACGUUGUAUGUAAUGUACAUAUGGAGAAAGAAUGUAUUUUGUUCAUUUUUUCUUAAUAAAAAGUUGUACAUGGGAAA